CGAGAAGCUAGUCGCUUCCGAGUCCCGUCAGCUUCCACGGGGUGGGAUGGCCGCUUUUCUGGCCUUGUUCCGGGCAGGCCCGAACUUGGGCCCCAUUUGGCUGGAGUUAAGUUGCCGUUUUUUUCUUUUUUUAAUCAGUGAAGUAAGUAGCUGCCUUUACCCCCUUUCGCAGACCGCUGUACGUGUCUGAUGGUGAGAUCUUGUCAGGAGUCUGCGGUCCUGUCCUGGUCUUUUUUGUAUUAGCGCCUCCUCUUCGGGGGUGUUGGAGAUGAGGACUUGAAACUCACCAGCAUAAACUUUUACAAGCAUCGGAGCCCAAGAGCGUCCGUUUAAUAAUUAGGAGGAACAGCACAGCAUGCUGGGCUCUGGAUUUAAAGCUGAGCGUUUACGAGUCAAUUUGAGAUUAGUCAUAAAUCGUCUUAAACUAUUGGAAAAAAAAAAAACGGAACUGGCCCAGAAAGCAAGGAAGGAGAUUGCAGACUAUCUGGCUGCUGGGAAGGAUGAACGAGCUCGGAUCCGAGUGGAACACAUUAUCCGUGAAGACUAUCUUGUGGAGGCCAUGGAGAUCCUGGAAUUGUACUGUGACCUGCUUCUGGCUCGAUUUGGCCUCAUCCAAUCUAUGAAGGAGCUAGAUUCUGGUCUGGCUGAAUCCGUGUCAACACUGAUUUGGGCUGCUCCUCGACUCCAGUCAGAAGUGGCUGAGUUGAAAAUAGUUGCGGAUCAGCUCUGUGCCAAGUAUAGCAAGGAAUAUGGCAAGUUAUGUAGAACAAACCAGAUUGGAACCGUGAAUGACAGGCUAAUGCACAAACUGAGUGUGGAGGCUCCACCCAAAAUCUUGGUGGAGAGAUACCUGAUCGAGAUUGCCAAGAAUUAUAAUGUACCCUAUGAGCCUGACUCUGUGGUCAUGGCAGAAGCUCCUCCUGGGGUAGAGACAGACCUUAUUGAUGUUGGAUUCACAGAUGAUGUGAAGAAAGGUGGCCCUGGAAGAGGAGGAGGAGGAGGUGGUGGGUUCGCCACACCAAUUGGUGGACCUGAUGGAACAGUGCCAAUGCCCAUGCCUAUGCCCAUGCCAUCUCCCGGUUCUCCUUUCUCAUAUCCGCUUCCAAAGGGACCAGUAAGUAUACUCUCGGAUUUCAGUGGAUCAUCAGUGGGGACUUAUCAGCCCUUUCCCAAUAUUCAUCCACCUCAGAUACCAGCAACUCCCCCAUCGUAUGAAUCUGUUGAUGACAUUAAUGCUGAUAAGAAUGUCUCUUCUGCACAGAUUGUUGGUCCUGGGUCCAAGCCAGAAGCCUCUGCAAAGCCGCCUUCCAGACCUGCGGAUAACUAUGAUAACUUUGUACUGCCAGAGUUGCCGUCUGUGCCAGACACACUACCUACUGCAUCUGCUGGUGCCAAGACCUCAGCUUCCGAAGACAUUGACUUCGAUGAUCUUUCCCGGAGAUUUGAAGAGCUAAAAAAGAAAACAUAGGCCUUUAAACCAGGCCACUUCCAAGUUCUGGGAGUUGGGACUGAGCAGCUUCUUUUUGUAACGAGGAAUCUCCAUGAAAUUCCAUUUCAUCUCUUAACCAUCACUGAGUGUACUCUUCCUGUGGGCUCUCUUCCGGCUCUACCAACUUCUGCUGCUUUCCAGUUCUCUGUUGCUCCUAAGAGACUAACGACUGGAGACAGGCUAGAGCAGCUGCCUUCUGGUCUGGCAGCUGUGCUUGUCUGUUUCCUCUCGGUGUGACCCAGGUUCUCUCCUGGCCUGUCCCACAGUCCCUUCACAGGAGAGUGAGAAGGUGACAGCAUUGUGGGGAGAGCUGCCAUUAAUGGCUGGACAGUGGAGAAGAGCACUUCACAGAGUGUCUCGGCCCUGUGCUGAGUGCCAGACAGAAACACACACCUCUCUGUGCAGAGGGAUUUGUGGUGAGAGAGAAUCAAGAUGUUUUCUUGCUAAUAUGAGUAGGAGAGAGAUAAAGUGACUCAGGAAGCCAGCAUAACGGUUCCUGGAAGCUGGGCCCUCUCAUUGGCAUAUACACUACUCCUUGCUACAGGGCACUGUUCCACCUGGAUCCAGUUGCAAAGUUUAAUGGGAAAGCUGAUGGCCUUUCUUAGUUCUGCUGGAUUCUCAGGGAAGCCCUCUGUGGCCUUUUGCUUUGAGUGCUGUGUUUCCUUUUUACCAGAGGGCAGCACUGUAAAUUCCUGUUUUCCCUUAUAGAAUGUUCAGUUGGAUUGCAUCACCGGCAGAAGGACAGGCCACAGGUUGGGCAGAAAUUGCCAUUCAAGGCUAGGAUGGGCGUCCAGCUGCCUUAAUUUAAGUACCCAAGUCUCUUGGGUAGUGAGCUGGAAAGCCCAAAGAAGAGAGGUACUUGUUUUCAUUUGAAAACUUUAUGAUUGAGUGGAACUUUUAAAAACAUCCCAGAUAAUUUUUUUUGGUGCCCAUGUGGCUGUAGUUCACUGCUUCCCUGGAUGGAUGAGAUUCUUAUUGUUGUAACUUAUGUGCUCCUUUACUCCCUGUCCAAGGCCAUCCGUCCUCACACGGGUGGCUUUGGGAUGGGAAGAUGUGACUUUCUCUUCCUUGUAGUGUAUAAUUGUUUCAAGCAAUUUUUCUUUAAUGUUUCUGAUUGGUUUGUAUCUCAUAGCUCAGUAGCUGCUAAUAAAGUUAAAGACUCUG